GGGAUGUCAAUCAGGCCACCCGCGUUAGGUUGUGGCUGCGUGUCUUCGGCCGGGUUGGGGCGGUUGUUCCCUUCGUUUUAGGCGACGGUUCGAGAAGAUGGCGAGUGACCGGCGGCGUUUCGACGGGCUUCUGUGCCUGGAAUGUCUAUGCGUUUUGGCUUUGCUUUCUGCCUUCUUGCCGGGUGGCGGAGGGACGGCUCCGGUCGCCAUUGACACGUCCCGUUAUUACAACUACGAGAGCCUGACCGAGCUGCUGAAGGCUCUGGCGGCCGCUCACGGCUCCCUUACCAGGCUCUUCAGCAUCGGCCAGAGCGUCCAGAACCGUUCCCUUUGGGUCAUGGAGAUUUCGACCACGCCGGGUGUGGACAGUCCGGGAAAACCUAAGUUCAAGUACGUGGGCAACAUGCACGGCGACGAGACGGUGUCCCGCCAGGUGCUGGUCUACCUGAUCGAGUACCUGCUGGAGAGCUACGGGCAGGACGAGCGGGUCGACCGGCUGAUCAACACCACCGACAUCUACAUCAUGCCCAGCAUGAACCCCGACGGCUUCGAGAAGUCGGUGGAGGGCGACUGCAGAGGCGAGCACGGCGGCAGGAACAACGCCAGGGACCGAGACCUCAACAGGAGCUUCUUGGAUCAGUUCGCGUCGGUGGUCGUGGACGAGGAGGAUGUGCCCGAAGUCAUCGCGAUGGAAAAGUGGAUUAAAGAAAACAAGUUUGUGGCUUCUGGGAAUCUCCAUGGUGGAUCUGUUGUUGCCAGCUAUCCAUAUGACAAUUCCAAAACUCACAAGUCAGUAGGAUACUACAGUAAGAGCCCUGAUGAUGAUGUUUUUAAAUACCUGGCAAAAAGUUACUCUUCCAAGCAUCCGGUGAUGAAAACUGGCAAGACACAUUGCCUCAUUGACCCUCCUGGAGAAACCUUUGAGGAUGGGAUCACAAAUGGAGCCAAAUGGUAUGAUGUGACAGGCGGGAUGCAAGACUACAACUACUUGCAGGGAGACUGUUUUGAAAUCACACUGGAACUUACCUGCUGCAAACACCCGAUGGCCUCUAACCUUAGUGAGGAAUGGGAGAAAAAUCGUGAUUCUCUGCUAAACCUAAUGGAGCAGGUUCAUAUUGGUGUCGCAGGAUUUGUCACGGAUGCUAUUGGCUUGGGGAUUUCUCAGGCAACAAUUGCAGUUGCUGACAUUGAUCAUAAUAUUACAACAGGCAAAUUUGGUGAUUUCCACAGACUGCUUGUACCAGGGACUUACAACAUAACAGUUGUUGCACAAGGAUAUAUGCCUGUUACCAUCUUCGAUAUUGAGGUGCUUGAGGGCCCAGCCACACAACUUAAUUUCACGCUCCUCCGUUUAGGAGUCGUGGAUAAUCAUACCAUUGAAACAACUACCUCCACUGUAUUCAGGACACAAAAUGUAUCAGAAAUGGAAGAGGACCCUCAAACCAGACCCAUCGAACCUUCAAACUUCAGGCACCAUAAUUAUGCAGAUAUGGAGAUCCUGCUAAGGAAAUACUCCACGGACUAUCCAACGAUCACACAUCUGUAUACAGUUGGGAAAUCAGUGGAGCAAAGGAAUUUAUAUGUCAUGGAAAUAUCAGACAAUCCAGGCAAACAUGAAAUGGGUGAGCCUGAAUUCAAAUAUAUCGGAAAUAUGCAUGGAAAUGAGGUUGUAGGCCGAGAGCUCCUCCUGAAUCUUAUUGAGUACCUUUGUAACAACUUUGGAACUGAUCCUGAAGUGACCAGUUUGGUGACUAAUACAAGAAUCCAUAUCAUGCCUUCCAUGAAUCCUGAUGGAUAUGAGAUGGCAACAGAAGGGGAUAUGAAUGGUGUGGUUGGUAGAAACAAUAGUAACAAUUUUGAUCUCAAUCGCAACUUCCCUGACCAAUUCUUUCCAAUCCGUGACCCACGACAGCCAGAAACAUUAGCUGUGAUGCAUUGGCUACAAGAUAUUCCCUUUGUGUUGUCUGCUAAUUUACAUGGCGGUUCCCUGGUAGUGAAUUACCCUUAUGAUGAUGAUGCAGAAGGCAUUAUUGUAUACAGUAAGUCACCGGAUGAUGCCAUUUUCCGGCAAUUGGCACUUUCUUUUGCUAAGGAAAACAGUCCAAUGUUUGAAGGUCAUCCUUGUAAAAAUAUAUAUCCGGAAGAAUAUUUUCCUCAAGGAAUCACAAACGGUGCCUAUUGGUAUAACGUACCAGGUGGCAUGCAAGACUGGAAUUAUCUUCACACAAACUGCUUUGAAGUUACUAUUGAAUUGGGCUGUUAUAAAUUCCCCUUUGCCAAGGAUUUGCCCAAGUAUUGGAAACAAAAUAAAAGGUCUCUCCUUCAGUUUAUAAAACAGGUCCAUAAGGGUGUCAAGGGAUUUGUACUCGAUGCCACUAACAGAAAAGGGAUAUACAAUGCUACCAUUAUCGUGGCAGAAGUGAACCAUCCAGUGAGAUCUGCUAAAGAUGGAGAUUAUUGGCGCCUGCUUGUUCCUGGUGUCUAUAAAAUUACUGCUUCUGCUAGAGGGUAUAUCCCGAUGACGAGGAAUGUGACUGUUGUGGACGAGGCUGUAGAAGUCAAUUUCACUCUUUCACGUAUUGCAGAUCGCUAUGCCAACAAUAAUGAUCAAGUACUGACCAACUCCUCAGCAGAGCCUGGGAAGGAGUUUCAACAACUUAUAAAGACUUUGUCAUCUGAAGAAGGAUUGAACCAUAUGAUUUCAUCUGCACUUGUUGAUCUCAGUCUUGAUCGUUACCACGACUAUAAAGACCUGACUGAAGUUCUGCAUGGAUUACAGAGUAACUACCCAACAAUUACCAAAUUGAGAAGUUUGGGUCAAAGUGUAGAAGUCCGCCAUAUUUGGGCCCUGGAAAUAUCAGAUAAACCUGGCAUAAAAGAACCUGCAGAACCAAAGAUUAAAUUUGUUGCCGGAGUUCAUGGAAAUGCACCUGUCGGAACAGAGUUGCUUUUAGCAUUCGCAGAGUUUCUUUGUAUUCUUUAUGGGAAAAAUCAAGCCAUUACAAAGUUGAUUGAAGAGACAAAGAUUGUGAUUGUACCAUCAGUGAACCCAGAUGGUAGAGAAGUUGCCCAAGAGGGGCAGUGUACGUCCAAAAUUGGGCUGACCAAUGUAAAUGGAAAAGAUUUGGACAGUGAUUUCAUGGGAAACUCCUCUGAGCAGUUCUCAGAGAUGCAACCUGAGACUAAAGCGAUAGUCAAGAAACUGAUCCUCAACCAAGGAUUUACAUUGUCUGUUGCUUUGGAUGGUGGCUCUCUUCUCACCACAUAUCCUUACGAUAAGCCUGUACAAACAGUUGCAAAUGAGGAAACUCUGAAAUAUUUGGCAACUGUGUAUUCUGACAAUCACCCCAAAAUGCAUUUGGGUCAUCCAGGUUGUCCUAAUAACACAGAAGAAAACAUCCCAGGUGGCAUUGUACGUGGUGCACAAUGGCAUGGUCACAUGCAUAGCAUGAAGGAUUUUAGUGUAACAUACGGUCACUGUCCUGAAAUCACAGUUUACACGGGCUGUUGUAACUUCCCACGUGUCAAAGAGCUUGCUACAAUUUGGAAUGAGAACAAGAAAUCUUUACUCAGUAUGCUUGUUGAGGUUCAUAAAGGCUUACGUGGAAUGGUGACCGAUAAAGCUGGAAAUCCAAUUUCAAAUGCAAAUAUUAUUCUGAAUGAGGGUGUCAAAGUUCUGACUUCGGAGACGGGCUGUUUCCAUGUUCUCCUGUCUCCGGGGCCACAUCAUGUUGAUGCACUUGCAGCAGGAUACCAGCAUCAGCGCAAGCAGGUGUUUGUAUCCUCUUAUGAAGCUGCCACCUCUGUGCUAAUAGUUUUUGAGCUGGAUAAUAAAUUAUUUGGCCUUCCCAGAGAACUGGUGGUAACAGCAGCAGGUGCAACCAUUUCUGCAAUAAUUGUGACAGCUUGCAUCGUUUGGUGUGUUUGCUCUGUCAAGUCCAAUCACCAAAAAGAUGGCUUUCAUCGUUUGAGGCAGCAUCGAGAUGAAUACGAAGAUGAGAUCCGAAUGAUGUCAAUGGGCUCAAAGAAAUCACUUCUUAGCAGUGAAUUUCAGGAUGAAACAGAGAGUGAAGAUGACACUCUGUAUAUUAAUAAACAUUAACAUAUCAAGCCAGCUCUGCUGGACUGGCAGUAAUGUUCACCUUUUUGCCAAGUAAAAUGAACAAAUAAGCAUUAACCCUAAUAGAGGAUUUGCCUGAUCUGCUGCACAUUGGGAAGUGUUGGAGUGAUUUUUUUUCUUAUACAUUUAGUUGUCCUUUUGGAAGAGUAGAUGCUACAAGGAGGAAUGGCAAUUUGCACCAUCACUUGACUGUUGUGCACGUCUUGAACUGACUUCUGAUGUUAUGUUCUGAUUAAGGGUCAACUGCAGGAAGAAUGUUAUUGCACCAUAUCUACCAUCUGCGCCUCUGCCUGACGAUACUUAAAAACUGUGCCAACAUUUAAAGAUGCAAUAUACCUUUCACUUCCCCACUUUUAAGAAGAAAAAUGUGUGUGCUUAAUCCACCUUUUUAAAACAACCAUUCAUUUAUUUUUGCGAACUUUACUGUAUUUUAUAUAAACAAAGUUCUCAAAAGAAGUCGAGUGAAGGCGAAUUGUGCGGUGCUACUACUGUGCCAUUUUGUCUGGGUUGCACGUGCUAAUUUUAAAAGGUGGACAAUUUUUUUAAUCAAAGGUAUGCUGCAGCUUUGUUGCACCUGAAUCUUGCCAGUGUUACAAAUGAGGGAAAGUGCUGUGUGUGUUUGCCUUCCUAUCCCUCUCCAAAAAUGUAUGACAUUAAUUUUAAAAUUUGAUAUCCCCUUUUUUCAUUUGUAUUUUCCUCCAUAAAAUACAACAAGCUAAUAAAAUGAAUGUCAUUUGAUAUUUGUAAUUCGAAUAACUAAUGUAAAAAAAUUGUCAAUGCUAUGUUCUUUUUACAUCAAUGCAAUCUCAGUAAUUACGAAUAGGCUGUGUACAUUUGAGAACCAGACAAUUUUGGCAAGGGGUGGGGGUAUACAAUGAGAAGGCAGAGGUUACAGAGGGCACAAAAACCAAAUCAGCCAUUUAUGAAAAUGGCAUCUUCAAAUUUGUCAUUGGUUUUCCUUUUAUUUUUGAAUUUAUUCUUGAUGCACACUGGAUAAUUUUAUGGUUGGAGAUUUCUCAAUUGGAAUUACAAAUGUUAGAGAACUGAACAUCUAAUUUUCAAGGUGCUCUUUUAUUAUAUCAAUUAUGAAAUACCUUUACUGAGGCAGUGAAUUUGUUUAAUUUGAAUCAUGAUGGUAGAGGUCGCUACUGAGAAUUAAAAUGAGAAUUUAUGGUCCUAUCAUAUGCUGUUUGAAGCAUAAUUUUUCAUAGUUUUUAUAGUCUGGAUCUUGGUGUAAAUUUUUUUCAACAUAUUGUAGAGAUGCAUUGAAUGUGGGUGAAGGGUCAUAGAAUAAUUAAACUCUGUAUAGAUGUGAGUGAAUGUUUGUACGUGUGUUUUCAGUGUGUGCCACUGAAUGUACACCUGAAUUGCCUAAAUACAGUAUAUGAUCACCAGAAAUACAGCAUUGCCAAAAACACCUAAUUCAUAUUAGAUAUUAUUCAAUUUAUUAAGAAAUGAUUCACUGUACUUGAGUUUGUCAGCUCCAUUGUGUUUGGAAAAUCACUUCAGAAUGUUAGUAUCAUUGUUCAUUUGUACUUUUUGCACAGGACAUUUUAUCAAUAUUGUGUACUUGACUAUAUGCUGUGAUGCCUUAAAUUUUUCAUAUUUCUUUCAUUUUGUGGUGAUGUCACUGGGUUUCAGUGAAAGGUUUUGGCAUCUAAAAAUAAAUGCUUUAUCUAGCACA